AUGCUGGAGCAACAUUCGACGCACGUCUUCGCGCUCUCUUCCUCGCCACGCCGGCGCCACUCGCAGACGCCCGUGCAGGUGCCACGGAGCAUCCUUAAAAAGUCGUCUUCAGAACCUACCUCGCCGAGCUCGUCAUCGCCUCCACUCAGCCCACGGCCAACAAUGUCCUCCGUCAGCUAUGCAGAAUAUCAGCCGCACCAGUGGUCCGUCGCUGGCAUCGCCCGGGCCCCGUCCAGUAGCUCUUCGACCUACUCGGCCUCUUCGUCGGCGUCGGGAAACAGGCUGACUGUCACCUUGCUGUACACGCCCACCGACACGCUCUUUGCGUGGCCGUUCAACAUGUCUUCGCCAGGAGCGAAAGGGGUGUGCUACGAGACACUGUACAGCGACAAGGAGACGGGCGCCAUUCGCAGACCGCCCGAGGGAGCCAUGAGCACGAGCCUGCGCGUGCUGGCCGACGUGAUCCGAUGCUGGAUCCGCAUCCGACGCGAUCGUUCCAGCGUCUCGCGCGCAGGAGGCGCCGAUGCUGCCCAUGCUAGCGCGUCCACGUCGCCUACAUCGUCGAUCGAUGCUCUGGUCGACAAUGACGAGGUGGUGGAUCAAAUCAUUGAAGACCUCGGCAUGGCGCAGCUCACUCCGUUCGAACGCUCGAUUCAUCUGCUGCGCCAAGUCCUCCCGGACGAGCUUUCGGAAGAGCCGACGUCGCCGACCCGCGCUCCGUCCGAGGCGGGCAGUUCGCAGGUAUCGGAUGACGACCGAGACUCGCGCCAUCGCAGCGACUCGGCCUCGAGCCGCGCCAGCACACUCGAGUCCACAUCUGACGAGAUGGCUCCGGCCAAGAAGGCGUCGCCCAACCAUCUACCCAAGCUUACCAUCGCCCUGCCAGAAUCACGGCAGGGUUCGCUCAAGACCGAGGUGCCGCAGAUCAAGCUCGUCGAGGCUACACCCCAGGAGGGCGAGUACGAGGAGCGAGACCGCGCGCUUGAACGGGCUGCUUUGGCGAGGGGCCGCAAGAACACUUCCGUUGGCAUGGACACGGUGCUCGAGGCCGACGACGAGGACAAGGCCGCCACCGAGGUUGACGAAGAGGGAGUCGUCACCUACAUCGAGGUCGUCCCCGUCGACCCGCCGUCACCGUCGAUCAAGUCGCAACCAGCCUCACCAGGCAAGGCCAAAGUCACAUUUCGAGACCCUUUCAAAAGCAUCCAGCCCGGACAGUCCGAGCCGGUGGCGUCGAAAUCCGACGGGCCAGCACCCUCAGGCAAAAGUGCCCCUCGUAGAUUGAUGUGGCGUAUUGCUCUGCACCUGCUGGUCGCUGGAACUUCGAGUCCUCAUACCACCAUUGCCAACACCAUGACCGACUUCGAAAAGACUAGCAGCAGCAACUCGACGGGCACCCAGCCUCUGUCGGUGGGCGAUGAUCGGCUGGCGUCCGACAGCAACUUUGCGAGCCAGCAGGUCGAGACGGGCGAGACGAUCGACCAGGGCGGCUAUGGGCUGUCAGCCUCCGGUGGGGACCAGUUCGCCAAAGAGAACCAGACCGGCCAGGGCUUCUCUUCGACUCAGCAGCAGCGAGACAGUAGCGGCGGCCAGUUUCAGCCAAGCGUCCAAGACUCGAUCGGCAACACCGAGUAUCGCGCCGAUGCGCACACUGAUCCGGACGCUGCGCUGCUGAACAGUGCGAGCGGCCGCUGCAGCUCCACUUUGCUGGGCACAGCUCGGAUGGCCAACGCCGGCCCGGAAGACGACGCUCCUGCCUCCACAGCCACUCGGCUCGCCUCACCUCUGGCCUCAACUCGACCCUCCGCCAAUCGCAUCCUAGCUUCAUCCUCAUUUGCUCCUUGGCCGUGUCCGAAUCGCCACCUUUGCGAAAACAGAUUCCCGGCGCACCCCAACCUAUUCCUCGAGGCGCUUGUUGGCCUGCUCGUUGCCAUCAUGGGCAAUCCGAUCCCCGUCCAUCUCGAGCAGGAAUGUCGCAAGGCGACUAAGAUCCUGAACGACUUUGUCGACCCCGUCAACGGCCUCGACAAGAUCAUCCCGCUCAGCGUGCUGCAGCGCGCCAAGGGAUUCGCCAUCUUUUCCGUCUUCCGCAUCGGCUUCCUCCUCUCGGCGCGCGCAGGCUCCGGCGUGGUCAUUGCGCGCACCGAAGAUGGUCGCUGGUCCGCACCUGCCGCUAUCGGCAUCGGCGGUCUCGGAGGCGGCUUCAAUGUCGGCGCUGAAGUCACCGACUUUCUCAUCGUGCUCAACUCGCGCUCCGCCGUGCGCUCCUUUAUGGCCACCGGCUCGCUGCAGCUCGGCGGAAACCUCUCCGUGGCAAUCGGCCCGCUUGGAAGAUCCGCUGAAGCGAGCGGCAGUGUAAACACCAAGGGCCGCGUCGCAGCCAUGUUUUCCUACUCCAAGUCCAAGGGCUUCUACGGCGGCAUCUCGGUCGAGGGCACUGUGCUCGUCGAUCGCGAAGAUGCCAAUGCCAGGGCAUACGGCAGCUAUGGCAAGAAUGCAAAGCAGAUCCUGUCUGGCUCGGUAGAGCCACCGCGCUGGGCGACGGGACUGAUCCAGACGAUCGAUCGCUUCACCCUCGCCAAUACGCCGAGCAAGGACCUCGACGGCGAAUACUUCAACUACGACGACACCAGCAGCUUUGACAACCGCGGCCUUGGACGCAGUGGCGGGCGCCGGUCCAGCUUCGACUCGGUCGACAGCCGCGAGCUCGACGCCACCGUGCGCACCAAGUCGCCGCUGUCAAAGCGUGAGUCGGGGCUCGACGAUCUUCCUGACCGAUUCGACGGAUUCGACCUGGGUGACCGUAAGGGCAACGGGGCCGAUGCGGGGAGAUCGUCAUUCGAAGCGGCUGAGCGCGAUAGGCGUGCUCGCGACGAGUACGAUGCGCGACCCUAUGCGUUUGGGUCGCCGUCGUCGUCGCUCAGCAAUACGCCCGCGCGGGUAGGGUCGGCGGCAUCGCAGAAGAAGCGUCCAGGCAUCAGGCAGCGCUCCAGCAGCAUUGCAAGCAAUCUCAGCUUCUCUAGUCUCGGCGGCAAGAAGCGACUCGACCGCUCCGGGCCUACACCGCCGCCCGAUUGGAACGAUAUCCCGGGCCAAAGCAAGAACAGCACUGCGUGGGAAAGGCGCGAUCCGGACGGAAUGGAUGCACUCGACCGCGAGCUGCAGGGUGGCGGUGAUGCGGCAAGGCGCGGGUCGCCGUACAGUCCGUCGCACGCCAGGAGUUACAGCACGUCUGGAGUUUCCGAAUCGGCUGGUUCCGACGCGCGCGCACGCAGUGGCAGUGUCGGAAUCGGUGGACGCGGGAGCUCGAAUACGCCGGUGGGCUGGAGUCAGUUCAGCACGGCCGAUGAUGCGGACGACUUGUUCGGAGAGGCGCAGGCUCGCGACCCGUUCGACGAUCUCGAGCCGCGCCACACAGGUACCAGCGCUGGUUCAGGCUAUGCAAAUGGCACCGGCAACGGCAACGGCAACGGACGCACCAAAUCGCCCUGGGACGCUGCAGGGUCGAGCACGGCACCACCUGCAGGUAAGACUGGAUCCCGUUUUGGCAAGUUCCGCACACCAAGUCCUGGAAGCAGUGCUUUUGGUCGUAAAAAGACACCAACCAUCGCUGAGGAUGGAGGAGACGACCAGACCGCAUCGCUCAUUGACUCCGAACCGUAUGCAGAGGUACAGAGGCGCGAGUCCUUUUCGCUCGCAACGUCCAACGCAGGCGUUCCGGUCAUCGAGAGAGUCGUAGCCCUGUUCGACUUCGAUGCACAAGAGGAAGGCGACCUCGGCUUUAACAAGGGUCAAGUCAUCGCAGUUACGAAAAAGACGGACAGCAGAGACGAUUGGUGGCAGGGGAGAGUCGAAGCCGGUCUCUCCGCAAGCAGGAUAGGCAUCUUUCCCGCAAACUACACCCAGUCACUCUAA